UUGGACAUGGCCAAAGCUCUUUGUGAGCUUCAAUCACAAUUAGCCAAUGGCAGUCUGAUAUCCACGAAAUGUGAAGAUUUAAACAAAAAAUCUCUAAAUAAAGGGUCAAAGAGAAAGCGAGCUGCAACUGAAAAACUAACCGAGGACAAAAAAUGUGCCGAAGAUUGUUCAGAUUCUCAGAUGUUAAAUGGCAAAAGUACUACGUCUUUAGGGAAUUUCCCGAGCUCGAGAGAACUUGUUAGCCUGGACGAGUAUUUCUUGGAAAAGCAUUGCAAUCUUGGGUAUCGAGCAAAACGCAUUCUACAACUCGCUAAACAUGUGGAGAGUGGAAAGCUUGACCUUCAAAAAUUUGAAAAGGAGUCUAAUCGCGUAUCUGCCCAGGAAGUAUUUGUCAAAUUGAAGAGAAUUAAAGGGUUCGGUCCGUUUGCAUGCGCCAACUUGAUGAUGUCCAUGGGAUUUUAUGAAAUGGUUCCCAUGGAUUCUGAAACUAGACGUCAUUUACAACAGGUUCACGGGAGAGAGAAGGAGAAUGUCAAGGAAUCUAUUAAAGAUCUUUACAAUAAAUAUGCACCAUUUCAGAGUUUGGCAUACUGGUUCGAGCUCGUGGAGGACUACGAAAAGAAAUUUGGAAAGUUAAGCGAGUUGCCAAGCUCUAGGUAUCAUAUUGUCACUUCAACUCGAUCGGAUUCAAGGGUACCACUUGGGUUGUCUGCUGAGACGUCAUAAUUGAAUUCCAGGCAUUUUGAUCGACCAUCCUAUAUUAACAUUUCUCUUUGUCCAAUCAAUCAUGUAUUAACCCAAGAGAACAGCAUGGCACUAUGUUUUCGCUUUACUUAAUUCAUGAUUAGUCGACACAGUAGUGGCAGUAAUUACAUUUACCGAGCUUUUCAAUGAACAUUUAUAUAAUGAUUCUGGGUUGCUGUGUUUGUUGGAAUUUAACACGCUUAAUUACCAUUUAUUGGGACUGAUAUCUGGAUAUUCACUGAAUUUGUCUUCUCUCUCAUGAAUGAUUUUAUGGCUUCA